GUUGACGGAGCUGAAGCGGAACCUGAUGGCGGCCCCGUUCGAUCGAGCGUUCGACGCGCUGAGGGAGGGGAGGGGUGGGAGCGUGCCCCCGGCGGCGAUCCCGUGGCGGAAGAACGAGGUGGUCUACGUCGUGCCCCAGGCGGAUCGCGUCACGGUUAUUUUCGCGAUCGAUUUCACGGAAUCUGACGAGAGGGCUAUUGCCAAGUCCUUCCUAAUGGAGUUCGUGGACGCCCAGCGAGUGGCCAACAACUCCCCGCCGUGCACCUUCACGCCCGACGCGCCGCUGGAGCUCAAGAGCAUGCCCAUGCCGCCGAGCCACACGCCUGUGGGCUUUCUUAGUUUCGUGAUCUUCCCUCAGCACGUCGACAGGGGCCGGCAGGAGAAGACCAUUACGCUCCUCACGGGGUUCCGCAACUACCUGCACUACCACCUCAAGGCGACCAAGACGUACAUGCACAUGCGCAUGCGGAAAAGAGUGGUCGGUCUGCUGCAGGUGUUGAACCGAGCAGUACCCGAGGAGGAGGCGAAGGCAAAGAAGACCGCUAAGGGACGCACGUUCAAUCGAGGAUAAAGAAGUUUGUUGUGACACUCUGUAGUAGUUUAAUUGUUGCUGGUAAAUUAGUUGUCGUUGUUGAAGGAGUUCUGCCGGGAAGAGUUGUGGCUACAGUAUUGGUAGCGGCAGACAACGGAACGAGACUGGCCGCCGAGCCUUGAGGGUCAACUAAAGGUGGUACUCUCUGCGUUGCUGCUUUGUUACUGCCGCACUCUGUGCGCUGCUUCUUUGUAACUGCCGCGGCGCAUGUAUGCGCUACUGCAGUUUUUGGUCGAGUAUGCGGCUAUACUUGGCAUCCCGUCUUGUCUCCCUUGUUCUGUGACCUAUUGGUGGAGCUGGGUCUGUAGAGUUGCGUUGUGUAGAGGAUCGGCCAUGCAGCACUAAAUAGUCGCGGCGCUAUUGGGGGGAUUGUAUGGUACUGCGGCUAGCGUGUGCCGAGGAUGGCUUGUCGUGCCCUCUCUCUCUGUGCUGCCUCUUUUUUCUUUUAAGGAUCUAAGACGGACUGACGCGUUUGGGUUAUUGCU